AGAGUUUUGGAAACGAGUUUAAGACUUUCAUCUCAUUCUUCUCAAGUGUUCCAACCUUGUUCACUCCGAAGUCACAAUUGCUGAAUUUACACUAGACCGCUCUGAAAGACAAAGAGUAAUUUAUUAUUUCUAGUAUUCGCCGUUCUGAUUAUCGACUUUCCUCAAGUUGUAAAAAAUAAAGGUACUUCUACCGCUUGAAAGACGAAACUUAAUAACCAAGUAAGAGUAAGGCAUUGCAUUUACAACAGUAGACCAUUACGAUUACUUCCUGAAACAAGACUCGCUACUAGGUUGUAGCUACAACAAGGACAACAUAUACCCACUCACAAGUACAACGCAUUUAUUCUACGCAUUGAGAACUUGUUUCUUAUAACUACUCACAAGAACAACCCAGUAGGCUUUUUUACGGAUCGAUAGAAUAAUUUCAUUACGAUGAGAAAUUCUAGAAUCGUCAAGAUGGCUCGUGGAGGUCCUCUCGUGUUGGCCGGUCGCAUUGUGGCGAUGGCUUUUUUACUCGGAGGCAGUUCGAGUUGUACUUUGGAUGUUGUGUCUGCUGCCCGUUCUGGGGUCUUUUGGAGGCCAGGACCAGACCCGGUUGGAAUUGAUCAUCGGCCUGUCCAUGGCUGGAAUAAUGGCUGGCAAGCUGCCGCAGCUGCUCGUGCGGAUGCUUUCGAAGCGGAGCGGCGGCGCUUGCUGAUUCUUGGUAAUCGUGCAGGAGCGCAGCGAGCGCGUGAGCAGGCUGAGGCGGUACGCAGGGGGCUCCACGCUCAUCGCCAGCACAUAAUGGAGGCGCGAGCAGUUGCGCUGGAUGAGGAGUUCGCCCAUGGGCUUCAACACCAGGACUUUGAGCAACGCCGUCAAGCAAGCGCGGAUGAGCAGAUGGCCCGUGAGCUUCAAAGAGCCCAAGAAGAUGAGGCAGCCCGUGGCGGUGGGGGUGCUGGACAAGGAGGCAAUGUAGGUCCUCCUCACCCACCGCAAGGGGGUGGCAACGGUCGUAGCCCGCCUGCUCGUGGAGGAGGCAAUGGUGAUCCUCAGCCACCUGUAGUUGGUGGUGCUAAAAAGCAGGCUGCCACGAAAUCCAAAACCGGACUGAUCGUAGGCUGUGUGCUUGGCGGUGUGGCUGGUAUAGCUGUGAUCGUGCUGGUGGUGGUUUUUUGCUGUUGCCGAAAAUGAUGCAAGUGAGUGAAGAUGGCUUCAGUAUUACUACAAGAAACGAAGUAGAAACUCCUGUUUUGGAGGAGCUACAAGCUACAUGUGUUGCACUAGUCGGGAUGCUGUUGAGACAGAAUGAGUAUGGGUUCUUUGGUUUUGCCGUUUUGGUUUUUUAUAUGUUUUCGUUAUCGUUUUAUUUCUUUGAAAAGAAGAUGUUAUGGACCACGAUGAAGAAAUGGCCUAAGAGGCCAUAUUGAUAUUGUACUUAGUUGCUUAAAAAGAGGAGGACUUCUAAGAACAUAGAAGGCAGCUGCCAAUACUUAUAAAAGAGGACUAAGAACAUAGAAGGCAGCUGCCAAUACUCAUAUAUAAGGUCAACAUGGCAUAUUGAUAGAUUACAAACGGACAACGUGACUGACUCGUGGUUCAAUUAAGUUGUCCGUUUGUAAAUAUAAUAGAUGUAAUAUGAUGUCGCUUCGCGAGAAGAAAUGUCACGAGGAGUGCAGGCAAAAGCCAUCUUAGAAGUCGACACUAACGUCAUCCAUCAGGAUUUUAUUCAAUAUAAGAGAAGCAAAGAACAAGUCGUGGCACAACGAACUGUAAUGAAAAAUAUCAAUAUCUAUAUCUUCGAUGAGGAUGAUAUUUGUAUUUUUUGAUUGACAUUCGACCACUUGCUUAUUCUUAUGAUGUUUUUUCUUUAUAUAUUUGGCUUUUCUUUUUGGGAUUGAUUUGCUUGUGGCACAUCAUCAAAGACAGAUGCAUGGAUGAUCUCAGACUGGACCAGAGAGAGUCAAACAUGAG